AUGUCGGAGCAGCAACAGCCAUUGCCGCAGCCUCGGAGCAGCAUGCGGGAGGCUCUGGAGAAGGAGGACAAGGAGAAGGCGGCGGCGGCCAAGGAGAAGGCGGUCGUCCCCAAGAACGGCAACGGCAACGGCGGCAAGAAUGGCGGCGGCGCCGGCAGCGGCAACGGUGGAGCGCCCCCGCAGUCCGGGGAGGAGACGGCCCGCGAGAUCCAGGUGGUCAGGGAGGCGUACUGCCGCGAGACGGCCGCGUCGGCCUACGUCAUACCCGAGGAGCCGCCGGUCGUGGUCGACCUCGUCGGCUGGUACAUCUACGGCUUCUGCUCCUACUUCAUCACCCACCUGCUGCUGCCGGUCCUCUUCCCGGCCAUCAUCACGCAGGUCGCCUUCCCCAACUCUGACUUCACGCCCGACCCCAAGUACACCCUCAAGGGCGUCACCUGCUCCGUCCACGAGAUGUCCAUGAAACCUUUUGACAAGGACAUGCUUCAACCUUCCAGGAGUUGAUGUUGAUCCUUUUGACAAGGACAAGGACAGACUUCAACCUUCCCAGCCUAUACUACCACAGUUAGCUCAUAUGGUUUGUUUUUCCUCUGCAUAUAUGUACUCGUGCCUGUGUUUCUUUUUUGGGGGUGGUGGGAUCAUGGUAUACUGUUGGGAGGUUUUUCUGUUGCUGAUGUGCUUGUUAUUUGAUCGUGUGCUUCUGUCGUCUCGGUGGCAUAGUAUUGUGUUUCUUUGAAUUUGUGGAAUCUCAACUCCGAAGCAUAGUUAGCUCAAUUCCCACAUGUACCUUUUUGGGAGUCGGUUUUCAUGUGUCAUUGACCCCUACAGGUUACUCUAUUGAGAGUUCUAAAAGUUUUGUAGGAUAUACAUCUAACUGUGUGUUGACCAAAAACAACUUGCCAAUUACCUAUUCAGAGUAUCCAGAGUUCCUUGACGUAACUACAUCGGCUUCCGAUAGUUGUCGUUGAUGUAACAUGAAAACCUUCUUUCCAUUUCUUGUUGAUCCACUUGUAGGGUAAUGAUUCACUAACUUUGUAAGACUGGUGAGUGUAAGGAGUUACUGCAAAGACUAAAAGGGUUCAAAUUAAUGUAACUCAUAUGGUAAUUCUAAACCAAAGUGCAUAGAUAAUCAGUGCAAGCAAGGCAAACUAGCAAAUUUAACUGCUACAAAAACAGGCCAAAUAUCUAUAAAAUAACAUAACUGUUAUUAUC